CGCUUACGGAUGGUUGUCUGCCAUCAGCCUUACUACAGGGACUCUAGUUUUAGGUAGCGUGAAAUAAACACCUUCUAUUCCGAUCAGUCUCCCUCAAACUCACCAUCUAGCAUACCGAGUGUUUCUGUGAUUUCUUAUUUUUGUAAAAUGGCACCAAACAAGAAGAAGGUGGAGAAAAAACACGUGCACUUGAAUGUGAUGCAGAAAUUACAGCUAAUAGAGAAAUUGGAACAAGGCGCCUCGGUUAAGGAUGUUUGUAAAAUUUAUGACGUCGAGCAAAGUACCGUCAGCGGAAUCCUUAAAUCAAAGACCAAAUUGCAACAGUAUAUCUCAUCACACAAUAUUCAUAGCUCAAAAUUAGAUACUUCUGUAAUAGGGAAUAAAAAAUCUUUCAAGAUUGGACCAAACAGUAAUAUAGAUAAAGCUCUGUAUAAGUGGUAUAGUCGACAGAGAUCCCGUGGUAUUAAUGUACAACAAUCACAGUUGAAAUCGCAGUUUGAGGCUCUUAGAACACGUAUGGGACUCAAUAUCACACAUACGAGUGCCUGGUUGACGCAUUUUAAAACUAGACAUGACAUUACUUUAUUUUUGAGCAAUGGAAUCUCUAGCGAAUCUUCAGCAUCAGAAAAGAAAAUCAAUAACGAAGAGCAAGUUAGGCAAGAAGAAUCAAGUAAUGUUGGAAAUGUGCCUUCAUCUUCAAUUUCAUCUCGGAUUGCUUCUACACGUCACGACAUUUCUAAUUUAAAUGCUUCUACAAUAGGGAAAAAGAAAUGCAUGUUACGUAGCCCAAAUUUCGACUUAGAUAAAGCUCUGUAUAAGUGGUAUAGUCUACAGAGAUCCCGUGGUAUUAAUGUACAACAAUCACAGUUGAAAUCGCAGUUUGAGGCUCUUAGAACACGUAUGGGACUCAAUAUCACAGCUAAGAAUCACUGGUUGAGGAAUUUUAAAACUAGACAUGGCAUUACUGUAUUCUUGAGCGAUGGAAUCUCUAGCGAAUCUUCAGCAUCAGAAAAGAAAAUCAGUAACGAAGAGCAAGUUAGGCAAGAAGAAUCAAGUAAUGUUGGAAAUGUGCCUUCAUCUUCAAUUUCAUCUCGGAUUGCUUCUACACGUCACAUUUCUAAAUUAAAUACUACUGCAAUAAGGAAAAAGAAAUGCAUGAAACGUGGCCCAAAUUGCGAUUUAGAUAAAGCUCUGUAUAAGUGGUAUAGUCUCCAGAGAUCCCGUGGUAUUAAUGUACAACAAUCACAGUUGAAAUCGCAGUUUGAGGCUCUUAUGACACGUAUGAGACUCAAUAUCAAGGAUGCUGAAAAAUGGCUGCAGCAUUUUAAAAAGAGAAAUGGCAUUACGUCAUUUGUGAGCGAUGUACUCUGUAGCGAAUCUUCAGAAUCAGAAAUGAAAAUCAUUAAUGAAGAGCAAGUUAGGCCAGAAGAAUCAAUUAAAUUUGGUAAUGUGCCUUCACCCUCAGUUUCAUCUCCGAUUGCUUCUACACGUCACAACAUUCCGGAAUUAUCUAUAAAAGCGGAAGAUCUUUCUUCACCCGUAUUACCAUCUACGAGAGCUUCUGCACAUCAGAACAUUUCGGAAGAGUCUAUAAAUGUUGAGAAUAUGCCUUCAUCGUCAUUUUUACCUCCAAUUGUUUCUACACAGUCAAAAAUUUCCGAAGACUCUAUAAAAGUUGAGAAUUCCUCUCCAGGAUCAUAUUCUUCUCAAACCGAUGUUUAUCAUAAUUACGUUUGGGAAGAGUACGAUAUAAAAUCUGAAGGUUGCCCUUCACCUUUAGAUGAUAAAUCUUCAGAUGAUAAUUAAAGAUUCGCUAACACUAUUAUAUCAGCAAAAUACGCCUCUUGAACCACUUUGUUAAUCAAUAAAGAAUGUUUAUAAUGAUAUAAUUUAACAAUUUUGUAUUGUAUAGUUCAGUAUACCAUAUUAAAGCUAUUGUACAAUAAAGGCGUCAAGAAAUAAUAAAAGCAGCAUUUUAUAUAAUAUACAAGAAAUACAUUAAGAUGCGUUCUCAUAUAACCAGUAUUAGCACAUGUUGCUUUCAAAUAUUGCUAACAAAAAUGUUAGCAUCAAUUUUAUAGUUAGCAUCUUGCUGUGUAUGUACAUAUAUUGUGCUGUUGUUUGUUAGCAUUUGAUAUCGGAAAUAAAAUAUUUGUAUAAUUCUAAUAUUAUUCUGGUACUAAGUGCCCAUGGAACGCCAAUUCCCGUACAAUGUGCUUGAAAGGUGUAUUUAUACAUUCCCACUUAUAAUUAGUACACGUGUUUGUCCCGCAUGGAAUGCGCAUUUUAGGUAAAUUGUGGCAGCAUAUUCCAAAAAAAACCGUACCGUUGAUCUAUUAUGUUGAAGUUUUUAUGGAUAAGCAUGUAUGUGUAAAUAUAAAGAAUUAUAUAAAGUUAUAUGUCUUAAAUAUGCCCAAAUGUGAUAUUCGCACCUUAUGAACGCAAUUAAUGUCGUUUUGAAUAAAUGGCAAUAAAACGCGCAUUAAAAGCAUGUUAUAUUCUCAGUGGCGUUCCUUGGGUGCUAGCCAGGUGUAAGGCUGGGUCUACAUAGGAUGUAGUAAGUCGUGUCGGAAGAAAAUGACCAAUCACAGUUCAGUAUUCUUCUUACGGUCGAAAAAUAAUGAACUGUGACAAUUUCUUCCGACACGACUUACUACAUCCUAUGUAGACCCAGCCUAAUAGAUAUAACAUUUUUAUAUCAGCUAGAAAAUUGAAAACAAUGUAUGCUAACUCUUUGUUAACAGUAGGUCUGCUCGAUGUGUUCUCGCUUUUGCUGUGCAAUUAUCUACGACAAAAUGUUAUACUGUACUUAAAUCACUGAAACUUUGAAUUCAUAUUCCUAGCAAAGAACUUCAAAUACUACACACAGAAAAAUAUA